CUUGACUUAGACCCAACGCUCAUAACGCUGCCAAGGCGAUGUUCGCCAAAACCGACAGAAAAGCUCUGUUCAAGUCUCCACCAACUGUUUUCACAGACAAGCUUAUCUCACAGGAGGCGCGUCGAUCCAAGGCUUUGGAAGAACAGAAACGCAGACGAGCACAAAAGUUUGAAUCCUCCAGACAACUCGAUUCUUUCGCCGAUCUUAACCUCGGGAACUCUGAUGAUGAUGAUGUUGACCUCGAGGAUGAGCCAGAGAUAAUACGUGAAGGCGUCUCCGGGUUUGUGCAGAUGGUGUCACAACCUGUGGAGACCCCGUCUUUGUCUUCCGAUGCGCACAAUCAUGAAACAGUGCAGCCGGGGAAGCGACGAGGGAAAAAUCGGCGUAAACGUAUCAAAGCCAAACCGUCCAAAUGGGCCGAUAAAUGCAUGUACGCUGAGCUCCUGGAGAUGAAUGAAGAAGCUCUCUUGUGGGACAAUCAAUCCGAUGAUGUGAUCGAUGGUCUUCCACGCGAUCUAGAGGCAGCCUGGGUGGCGGUGGCACCAGUUCCUGCUGGGAAACGAUGCUUGGCUGUUACUCAUCAGGCAGCUGGAGUAGUUGGCAUAUCGCCAAAUACGACUCUUCGAUCUCGAGUUUUGGGCAAGAUGCUCCUUCCCCGAUUUCCAUCCUCCCUUCCACCUCUUACAGUGCUCGAUUGUAUUCUCGAUGCUAAUUGGAAAGACAACGGCAUCAUUCAUGUCCUGGACGUGCUCAAGUGGAAGGGUCAAGAUGUCGGUGACUGCGAGACUCCUUUCAGGUUUUGGUGGAGAGAUACACGCUUAGCGGAACUUCCAAAGCCCCCUUUACCAUCCGGAAGUUUUACAUUUACAGCCCCUCACACGACAGCGGACACCUCAUCUCAAAACGCCGGGUCACUUUCACAUACGCCUACUUCUGAGCGUGAACGCUACCGCUUUCCAUAUCCAACAUCUUUUGUCCCAAUACCAUAUCACACUGACACGACAUUGACCUCCCUGUCUUCGUUUAUCAUCCCAAUGGCGCGAUCAACACGAGAAAUUAGUGUCGAUAUUCCUGUGCAAGUCUCAACACCAGAAUUCACUUCGCAUGAGAUGGCCGUCGAUGGCACUCAUGAUUCUGUACCCUCACGAUCUACUGCGUCAUUCAUUGCGCGCGUGGAUUCCGAUGGGUUAUUAUUGUAUCUGUCUCACGCAAGCUAUGAGGAGGGAACCAGUCCCUUGAGCUGUUGGAUACCCAACAAGGCGAUCACAGAGCGCUCGGAACUUUCCAAUAGUGAAGGUCACGACAGCCCCCUUGAUCUGUUCCAACGCCUGGUCCAGCGGCGCACUGUGAGGAAUCUUAAUGUAGUUCUCGGCUUACAAGACUCUAUGGACGUAUGACACACAUUCCAUCACGAAUCGUCUUACCCGGCAUCCAUCACCCAUCAUUCAUGUAUCCAUCAUCCAUUCACACCUUCACUUCACUGACUGUGACAACCGGCGCUGAUUU